UCUCCUUCCUUAGCAGUUUCUUGUCACCAUGUCAGAAACCGCUCCAGCUGAGACGGCCACCCCAGCGCCGGUGGAGAAAUCUCCCGCCAAGAAAAAAGCAACGAAGAAGUCUGCUGGCGCGGCUAAGCGCAAGGCGACCGGGCCCCCGGUCUCUGAGCUGAUCACUAAGGCUGUGGCCGCUUCCAAGGAGCGCAAUGGUCUCUCUUUGGCGGCUCUUAAAAAAACCUUGGCGGCUGGUGGCUACGACGUGGAGAAAAACAAUAGCCGCAUCAAGCUAGGCCUCAAAAGUUUGGUGAGCAAAGGUACCCUGGUGCAGACCAAGGGCACUGGCGCUUCUGGCUCCUUCAAGCUGAACAAGAAGGCUGCCUCUGGAGAAGCCAAGCCCAAAGCCAAGAAGGCGGGUGCAGCUAAAGCUAAGAAGCCUGCAGGGGCCACCCCUAAGAAACCUAAAAAAGCUGCGGGAGCUAAAAAGGCAGUGAAGAAGACUCCAAAGAAAGCAAAAAAGCCUGCAGCAGCUGGCGUCAAGAAAGCAGCAAAGAGCCCUAAGAAGGCUAAAACUGCUGCCAAACCGAAGAAGGCGGCCAAGAGCCCCGCCAAGCCUAAAGCGGUUAAGCCCAAGGCGGCCAAACCCAAAGCCUCCAAGCCUAAAGCAGCAAAGCCCAAAGCUGCAAAGGCGAAGAAGGCGACUCCCAAAAAGAAGUAGGAACUUGCCAUGCAAAUACCGCAAUAAAGCCCCAAAGGCUCUUUUCAGAGCCACCCA